CGCGACGAGACUCACUCACCCACUAUACACACACAUACACACAUACAUCCAGCAAGGGCGGCUGGUACGUGUCUGUCUGCACACCCAGUCAGUCGUUGAAGGAAGGAACGACUGCAUCGUCUGUCUGUCUGUCACUGUGAAGCCUUUUCCAUGAGGUAGAUGCUGCCGAGUAUGUUGGUCUUGUUGGUCUCCAGGAUGCACCCGUUGACCACCAUCUCGUCCAAAAUGAAGUGCGCCUUCUCAAGGUUGAACAUUAUCUGUCAGUCGGGAGGGAGGCACACAUGACACCCACAAGGGCAUAAAUGUCUGUCUGUCUGUCCGUCCCACCCCCCCCAUGCAGUGCUCUCACGACCCACUUACGUCCAGUUCGCACUGCGGGGAUCGGAUCCAUAAAGGCAGACAGGCAAACAGGGCAUGCGACGCGACGUAGUACACACACACGACAGACACACACACACGACAGACAUGGUGAGAGUGAACCCGUAGCUAUCUAUCGUCUUUUGUCUGUUUGCUGUCUCUCUGGUCGACUCCCUCCCGCACUGACUGACCACAUUCUCAAAGUACUUGUCGAGGGUCUCCACGAGUGUGUGGAUGAACUCCAGAAUGGACAGCUCGUUCUGCACAUAUCACACACACACACACACACACAGUGCCAUUCAUUGGGUGUCCCGCACGUGCCGCCCCUCCCCCUGAUUGCCUGACCUCUCCUUCGCUAUCGACCCCGACGAUGAAGUAGAGCGAUGCGUAGCGCCGGUAGAUGACCUUGUACUGGCGGUACUCCAUAAACGAACACUGCACACAGACAGACGUAGGAUGACAUGGCAUUAUUGAUCUUGUGCGGUUUUCGUGGCUGUCCAUGCCAUGCACACGUGUGCACCUGCAGUUCGGUUCUGGAGAGACAUUUUCUGAUGAGUUCGCCUUCGAGUGCCACCCUUUCCGGGAUGGACAGGUAGUCGUAAUACUGCGACAGGCGCGUCUGGCCCUGCUUGUUGACCAGCAAGAUGAACUUGAUCAUCUCAUCACACUGCCUGCCAGGCCUUCUUUCCUCUCCCAGC